UAAAGAUGUCUGAAAAGCUGAUAAAACUUAAGUUGGAAUCUCCAAAAUUCCAGGAUAUUCAUAACUCUGCUGAAUGGACUCCUGAACUAGAUGAAGUAUUGAAGAAGAGUGUGGUCACGCAUUGUUUUAAUUUUAACCUAGUCUCUUUGGAGAUUAAUGAUGAGGCCGAUCGUCUCGGUGUUAGAUUUGGAAUCGCCAAUGCUUAUACAAACGAGAAGUGUAGAAUUAGAUGGUUCUACCUCCAUUGUACCAGAUCACUUGAACAGAAGAAAGAGGAAGAAUCUCAAAGAAAACCAAAUGAUAAUUUACCUUCAAACAGCAACGGCAGAAUUCCGGGAAAGAAGUUUGAAGAGGAUAAAAAGGCACCAGUCAAUAAUUAUAUCAAGUUCAAGCCUACUGUUUCAAUCACUCCAAAGAAGAGGCCUCCAGUUGAAAUCAAAGAAGAAGCUGUUCCAUUAGAUCCUCCAAAAUCAAAUUCAAAAAUUUCACAAAAUGCUGCCCCAAAGCUAGAAGAGACUAAACUUGAGGAGACUAAAAAUGAUGAACCCGAGGUGCCAGAAAAAGCAAAGGAUGCUCGCAAAUUAUGGGAAGAAAAGGAGAUAAGAGAGGACAAGAAGGAAAGCAAGACUUAUGCUGAAGCUGAGCAGUACCAGUGGCGGCAAAAUAUUAUUCAAACCAGGGCUCACAAAGAUUACCUUGAUAUAUCAAAUGAAAAUUUUUCAAAUUAUAAAACUAUCGAUGUUCAGGGAAAUGAAAUCACUCCUUCAACCUUUAACAUAUUCAGAGAUAGCUUCAAGCAGACUUUCACAGAGAUCAGGGAUACCUUGAAGAGUAACCUGCCAGAUCUUAACCUUGAAGAUGUCUCAGAGUCAGAUGAGAACGAAGAUGUUGUUCCUCUCGAUUUCAGGACCAAACUUAUGGGCAGAGAAGGAGAUGUAGUGAUGCAAGCAAAACCUCUCAAAAUUUAUCAAAGUGAUGAAGACGAUGGUGAACUAAUAGGCGAUAUCCUUAAAAAAAGCAAGCAUAAUCAAGAAAGGGAAUUCUUGAAUAUGACAACUGAGGAUUUCCUGAGGGAGCAUAAAAAUGAUUCAUUCGAUGAAAAUGAUGAGAGUGUAGUACUUAUUAACCCAAAUACAAAUAUUAAAGAAAAAUUGAAUGAAAUUGACCUUGAAUGAAACAAAAGUAGCUAUAUGAAUAAUGCUCUUGAUGCUCCAAAGGCAAAGAUAAGGCCUCCAAAAGUAGCUAAGAAGUUUAGACAGGACGAUGAAGAUCUUGAGAACAUGAAGAAAUUGAACAAGAUCAGUAGGGUAAAGAAGAAAACUGUGACAAUCAACGAGAAUCCUACUGAGUUUUUGUAUAGCCAUGAUCCUGAAGUGUAUCAACCACCUUCAAAAAAUGAUGAUCAAUUGUUGGAUUUUGAUAAUAUACUCAAAAGUCAGGGAAUCAAUCUGGAUACGUUCUUGAAAGAUAAUGAGGAAAGAACUAAUAAAGAUAAACCAGUGUUCGAUGAGAACAAUAUUAUGGAACUACUCAUGAUGGGAGGGAUAGCUCCAGAAGAAAAGAAAGAAGAAAUUAAGCAAGAGCUUUAUGAGAGCAAUACAUCUGAAAAUGAAACUGCCCCAAUGGGAGCAAUGCUUGACGAUGUUGAACCUGAGGAAGAAGAAGAGCAAAAAUUGAAUAAUCAGCAAAAGAGAGAACUCGCCUUCAAGAAAAGUCUGGUUGAUGCUUCUUCUGCAAGUGAGGAUGAAAGAGGCUUUCAGAACAGUAAAAGACCUGGUAUUUCUUCUGAUGAAGAAGUUAUUGAUACAACUUCAAGGAAAGAUAAAAUAGAGAGUAUGCUCAGUGGACAAGCCUACAGACCUCCCCAGACUAGUGUAUUAAGCGGACAAGCUUAUAGACCUCCACAAACUAGUAUAUUAAGUGGGCAAGGUAUCAGACCCCCAACAGAUUACUCAAAGGCAAGAGUAAAAUCAAGUGGUACUGGAGAAGAUCCAGUUGGAGAUGACCCAACACUAAAUACAACAGAUCUAGUUCUUCCAUUCCCUGAACUUCCUAAAGCUGAGGUAAUUACAAAGAGAAGUGAGGUAUCUUCAUCUCUCACUCCUGAUAGUCUCUUGUUCAAGCCUAACGAGGAAAGAGAUAUUCCAGUAGAUUCUUACCGUCAGAGGCCUGCUACUUCUGGUGCCUCAAAGAUUAACUACAGAGGAGUUUGGAUCGAAUCCGGCCAAGAUAAUGAAGAAGAACCUAAAGACACUGAAGACGAAGAUAGACAUUUCUUUAAUCAGCAAAGAGAAUUGAUGAAGCAAAAGUUAAAGAAAACCAAAAAUACCGAUUUUGGGGAUGUGGACAAAUUCAAGAUGCAGAAUGUGGGUGUUGAAGUAGUUGGUGAUGAAAGGCUAAUCAAAGUCCAAAGAGACUGGGACAACUAAUUCAUAUCGUAAUCUUACUGGGUGAAUAGAUUUUCAGGGAUUU